CUAUAUAUUACAACACAAGCAAGACAUCAAGUGAUAAUAGAGCAGAGAAACUAUGAGCAGCAUUCCAGAGUUCACCCUGCAAAAUGGCAACACCAUUCCACUUCUUGGAUUCGGCACAGCCGAAUAUCCCUUCGGAAGCUCCUCUGAAACCAUGAAAGAAACUUUCCUCCAUGCAAUCAAACUCGGAUAUCGGCACUUUGAUUCGGCUGCUAUUUACCAGUCUGAGCAGCUCCUCGGGGAAGCCAUGCAUGAUGCUCUAAACCUUGGGUUAAUCAAAUCCAGGGACGAACUCUUCAUCACUUCCAAGCUCUGGUGCAGCAAUGGGCACCACGAUCGUGUCGUCCCUGCAAUACAGAAAACUCUCAGCAAUCUGAAGUUGGAAUACGUUGAUCUGUAUCUGAUUCACAUCCCGGUAAGCUUGAAGACCGGGGAAAUCGGACUAUCCUUUAAGAAAGAGGACAUCCUUCCGAUGGAUAUAAAGUCUGUAUGGGAAGCUAUGGAGAACUGUCAAAAGCUCGGUUUGGCCAAAUCUAUUGGUGUAAGCAACUUUACCAGGAAAAAGCUUGAAACCCUCCUUUCCACAGCAAAGAUCCAUCCAGCCGUCAACCAAGUGGAGAUGAACCCAUACUGGCAGCAGGAGCAGCUGAGAGAGUUUUGUGAGGAAAAGGGUAUACAUAUCACUGCCUACUCUCCCUUGGGAGGAAAGGGAACAAUUUGGGGAACAAACUGGAUAAUGGAAUGUGAGGUUCUGAAAGAGAUUGCCAAAGCUAAAGGAAGAACUAUUGCACAGAUUGUGACAAUUGCCAACUUUGGAAGGAAAGGUGUUUGCCGACAAUUAAAAAAUACGCCACAAGGGAUAGGGACUUCGCAGGCUGAUAGAGCAAAGAAAACGAUGAGUACUAGCAUUCCAGAGUUCACACUUCAAAAUGGCAACGCCAUGCCACUUCUUGGAUUCGGCACGGCUGAAUAUCCCUUCGGAAGCUCCUCUGAAACCAUGAAAGAAACUUUCCUCCAUGCAAUCAAACUCGGAUAUCGGCACUUUGAUUCGGCUGCUAUUUACCAGUCCGAGCAGCUCCUAGGGGAAGCCAUACAAGAUGCUCUAAGCCUUGGGUUAGUCAAAUCCAGGGACGAACUCUUCAUCACUUCCAAGCUCUCGUGCAGCGACGGCCACCACGAUCGUGUCCUCCCUGCAAUGCAGAAAACUCUCAGCAAUCUGAAGUUGGAGUACGUUGAUCUGUAUCUGAUUCACAUGCCGGUAAGCUUGAAGACGGGGGAAAUUGGAAUAUCCUUUAAGAAAGAGGACAUCCUUCCGAUGGAUAUGAAGUCUGUAUGGGAAGCCAUGGAGAACUGUCAAAAGCUCGGUUUGGCCAAAUCAAUUGGUGUAAGCAACUUUACCAGGAAAAAGCUUGAAACACUCCUUUCCACAGCAAGGAUCCAUCCAGCCGUCAACCAAGUGGAGAUGAACCCAUAUUGGCAGCAGAAGCAGCUGAGAGAGUUUUGUGAGGAAAAGGGUAUACAUAUCACUGCCUACUCUCCCUUGGGAGGAAAGGGAACAAUUUGGGGAACAAACUGGAUAAUGGAAUGUGAGGUUCUAAAAGAGAUUGCCAACGCUAAAGGAAGAACUAUUGCACAGAUUUCAUUAAGAUGGGUACAUGAGCAAGGGGUUAGUGUUGUUGUGAAAAGCUUCAACAAAGAGAGGAUGAAAGAAAACCUAGACAUAUUUGACUGGAACCUGAGCCCGGAUGAGCUGCAGAAGAUAGCUGGAAUUCCACAGCGCAGAGGAUCUAUUGCAAGUGAAUUCAUCUCUGAUGAAGGCCCUUACAAGACUCUUUCGGAGCUUUGGGAUGGAGAGAUCUAGAAGCAAGACAUGAGGGAGAUCUAGAAGGCUAGAAGCAAGACAUGAUCCAGCUUAUUCAAGUUGUUUUUUUUUUUUUUUUUCUUUUUUUUUUUUAAGAAAGCUGUCCACAUUUAUUUAUAAAAAAAAAUUACAUUCAUGACUAAAUAUAUACUGGAAUAUCUUUCUAUCAACUAUUAUUUCAGAAAUCAGUUAAUGUAUUUGAAACUAUACUAAUAUUAUAUAUAUAUUUAUGAUUGGUCUAAUUU